AUGUGGGGCGAGUUUUUGCCUCAUACAGCUUGGGCCGAAGACCGGGGGAAGUUUAGGAAAGAUGUGGAGACACAGGAACUACCGUAUCGGACAAGGAUCGAAUUAGCAAGCCUAGUAGAGUCCCCUCUAGCAGUAGCAUUGGGACUACUUGUUCAUUCGACAGCUUUUUCGUUCUCAGAUCCAGUCUUUUCAGUUGUUCAAAGAAAUGUUUAUCCUGAGCUUUUUCUGUGGGAUCGAUCCCUUAUAUUAUAG